AAUUCAAUUCAGAAGCAAGUUAAUUAACAAAUUAACACUCUCUGUUGUGUUUUGUGCAGUGACAAAUUAAAGCCAAGAAAGUGAGGAUGAUGAUGAUGAUGAAGAAGGUCUCUAACUGUGGUGUGGCUGUGUGUGCAGUGGUUCUUGUGGCAGUGGUUAUGAUGGAGGUGGCACACAUGGCUGAGGCUGUAACUUGCAACCCAGUGGAGUUGAGCCCUUGUCUUGGGGCAAUCACAAACUCUUCACCACCCUCAAGUACAUGUUGCCAGAAGGUGAGAGAACAAAGGCCAUGCUUAUGUGGGUACCUCCAAAACCCAACUCUGAGACAGUAUGUUAACUCCCCUGGUUCCAGAAGGGUGUCUACUUCUUGUGGGGUUCCCUUCCCAACUUGUUAAUUAACCACCUUUCUUGAACUCUUAACCCUUAAUUAAGUGUGAGAUAAUAUUCUUACACUAAUCAAGUAUAUCUAAGAAUCUACCUUCCUUUAUCUAGUUGAAUAUGGUGUCCGUCUAUGUAUUGUGUAUCUAGGAACUUAUCUAUAAUUAGUGUGUUAAGUACGAUAAAUAUGGAAAUAAUGGUGGUUCCAGACUCCUGCAGAGUGAUAUUUGU